AAAAAUAUCUAAAACGAACAAAAGCGAAAAAAAUAUUUAUUAAAAAUAUAUAAAAAUAACUCUGAUAAAAAGUGAACUUUUUAAAAGACAAUUAACUUUAAAAAAAGUGUUAAACAAAACAAGAUAAAAUAAUUAAAAAAACAUGGAGUAUAUAGAAUAUCUGGAAACAGCCUGGUAUUAUGUGCCUUAUAUAUUCUAUACAUUUGUGUUCUUAACACUAAUACCGAAAUCUCUAAGUAAAAUCAAUCAAUUCGCCAAAGCUGACUAUGAAGCGAAUCGUAAUAAAUGGCAUCGUUGUUAUGCACCCGAUAUAUGUUGCCACAAUUUGGGUGAAACGGGAGAAGCUUUGCCUAAACAAAAGCCACGUAAAGCGGUAACCAGGGUUUACCCCAAGAAACAAACAGUCAAAAAGGAGGAAGUGGUCGGCACAACACAUCAACCCGUAGUGCCCGAUGAACCGGCCAAUAUCUAUAAACGUCAGGUGCACACUCAUACAAAUGUUAAUAAAAUUGCUAAAAUGUUUGAAAAUGGUGGGGUACAAAAGAAAAUCAAUCGUGUUACGCCCACCGUAUUGCCCUCCGAUUUUCGUCGCUGUUCCAUGGACUUUGAUGAUGAGGACACCUAUCACAAAAAGGAUGACUAUGCAAAUCAAUCCCAUGAAAGUCCUUUGAAAAAAGAAAAUGUGGUCUUAAGAAGACUGUCUAAAUUAACACAAGAACUAGAGGAGAAUAAUGAAAAUUCUUCAAAUGUUUUAAAUCAAAUGUCCCAUGAGGAACAUCAGCAAGAUUUGCUUAAUAGCAGCUGGCGCAGUGAACCUAUACCAAUACAAAGACGUAAACGUCAAGUACCCACAAGUAUCUCAAUGUUAAAUGGUACCUCAGCCACACCCUCAACAGUAUCACCCGCCCAUUCCUCACCUUUAUCAUCGCCCCGCUCCUGUAAUUCACCGGAGCCCUCUUCAUCACCUAUUCUACGUAAUCCUCCUGUACUUAAUAUGAACACUAGUUUAGAAGAUCUAUUUGUAGCCAUAGCUAAGAGUGCUGAAAAUUCUGAAGGUUUUAUGUUUCCUGGAUGCACUUCACUCUCACCCGUUACCUCUAUUGAUGAUAUAUUAUCACAACGUCGUUUAUCACGACCAUUGUCUGCGUAUUCUAUAAGCGAUCUUUUAAAUGAUGAACCCAAUAAGGGCAUGGAUGAAACAUAUGUGGAGAAUUUCUUAAAAGUUUUGAAUAAAACUUGAGGAGAAACAGUUUAAGGCCUAGUUUCACAGUGUGGGUUUAAGGUAAAUUUUUUGAGGGAAAGAAAAGACGUUUUUAGUAAGUUAAUUUAGUUAGCCAAGUUUUUAAAACUUUAUUUUCUUAGGAAACUUAUGCUACUACUCUCAAAGUUUCGUUAAGUAUUUUAGUUCAGUUAAAAACUCCAGGCGUUUAGAAUUUUAACUAUAGUUUAAACUAGCAAUAUUGUAUUGUAUGUAAAUGCCAGUAAAAGUGAUACCUAGAUUAAAUAGAAUAUUUUAAUAUAUGUUAUAUUGUAUAUUAUAUUAUAAUUGCAGUUUAAAAGUUAAUAUAUAGCGAUUUUAAUUUCAUUUUCAGAAUUUUUUUUACUAUUAAGAGUUUAAAUCAAUUUGUCAACUUGUUAUCUAGUUACAAAGAAAUUAAUUUGUAAUAGUCUUGGAAUCGUUAUUUUUUAUCAGAAUUAAUUUUUAUUCAAACUUUGUACAGGAAACUUAUCUUGUUUAGAUGUAGUUCCCGGAUCCGGAACUGCUACUUAGAACCUGUUGACUUCAGUUCUUGUUUAGUUCUACAUCAGUUUUAGUUCAGUUUUAUUUCAAUUCAAAUACAGUUCUAGUUCUAAUUCACACGCACUUAAACCAACACUUUGAAAACGUCCUUUGAAAGGUCUCUAUUGUAAAAAUUGAAUAAAAAUACAAAAAAUCCUGUAACAUAUUUCAAGUAAAUGAGAAAAAAUGUUUCAAAGUGCCAUGUCUCUAAAUUAAAAAAAAACAUUUAUUGUGUUGAUCAUUUAAAAACAUAAAGAAAAAAUGUCAGACAGUAAAAAAACAAAUAUUGAAACUAAAUGAGUCACUCGGGUUUUUUUCCACUACACUAUUUUUUUGAGGCACUUAAUUUUGCCUUCUGCUUUUGUAAAUAAGUUUAUUACUUACACCAUUAUUUAACAUUAUAUAAAAAAAUUUACAAAAAUAAAAUUAAUUAUAAAUGCCAGUCAAAAUUAAAUUAUUAUUAGUACUUUAAUACGAUUUUAAUUAUAUUGUUUAACACACAAUUUUAUUAAAACUAAUUUAAAUAAUUUAAAUUAUUUGUUGAUUAUUACACAUUAUUUAUUAUGCGUAAUUUUUGUGUAAACCUUAAUUCUCUAUAAAAUAAGAAAUAUUUUUUUGUUAAAAAAUUUUUAAACUUAUUUUGUGUAUGAUGAUUAAGUGUUUUUUUUUUUUUUUAAGGGAAUGAAUGAGUAAAAGAUAAAUUUUUUAAAAAUGUACUAGUAAGUAGAGGGAAUUAUGCCAGUGUUUAUAAGAUUUUAGGGGUUUGAUGUAAACGUAUUAAUCAAACUCUUUUGAAAUUGAUAAAAUGAAGUUUGUAUAUAAAAAGUAUUUUUUAAAAUAAUAAUUUAAAAUUAAUACGAAUAUAAUAUUGCAAAAUAUAUAAAGAAAAAACAAAAAAUGUAAAAUAAUAAAAUAUACUAUUCGACUGAAA